AUGAAUUAUUGCCUGUUGUCAAUUUGGACGCUAACAGGUGAGCUCAACGAGUCCAAUUUGAGUCUGAAACAAUGAUUAUCACGCAUUGUAGGUCUACUAUACUUGUCAGUAUCCGCGAGUGUCCAACCCCAUGACAUUUUUAGAAAUGGAGCAGUGAAAGAAGGAAACCAUUUGCGGGUGAGUUUGUGAAAAGAGUCUAGAAUACGUGGAGUUCCGAAUACUGCUAAGGUCUACUGCUUCCACGGAUGGACAAUAAAUAUUGCAAAACCAACUUCUAGGUUGAUUUGAAUGAAACAUCUUCGGAGGAACUUCUUGACAAAUGGCUGUCUCAAGCAUUCUCCGGACUCAUGGCCGCUGUUGCUUCGAAGAAAAUUUCCAAGAUGCCUGCAGAGCAGAAGGAUAUAAUUCAGAAGUGUUCCAAGGAAGCUAAGAAUGUUCAAUCUCACGCAAAAUGUGUCGUCAGACUGUUGGAUGCUGAGAAGACGAUCCAGAACGUCCGAGAGGAGGUUCCUCGCAAGAUCCACAAGAAGCCAUACGAGAAGGUGAAUAAGAAUAUCGAGUGGAUUGGUUCUUUCGGAACUGCCAGAGCAAAGAGGGAUACCUUCAAAAUAAUCCGUAAACAAAGCUACACUCUUCGCGAUUCCAACGAUGAAGACGUCAUGACGAAGAUUGCGAGAAGCAUGACAAAGACUGUGAGAGCUAUGAAGAACAAGGACUCGGAAACGGUGGAAAGUUGGAAGGACGCAGUUGGCAGAAUUAAGAAUUUAGGAGAAGAGGCGAAAAGAGAGAAAAAGAACAGGGAAAUUAUGAAAAAGAGGCUCAGACAGAUGAUUGACAAUACUCCAGCUGAGUUUGUCGACCCACGCAAGCCGAUCGCUUUGAAACAGGUAGAGUUUUUGCUUAAGAGACCUGUAAUAUAUCUAGUUUUAGGCGGAGAUGGAAGAUGAGAAUAAUGAGGUCGUCAAGUUGAUGCGAAAGAAAAAGACUGAUGAAAUCCGAGUUCCGCUUAAGUUCUUGAGAGAUGCCGUAAGAACUGCCAUGGUUCUCGGAGGCCAGAAUGUCACAGAUUUUGACAGAAAAACUUUGAAAAUGGUUUCGCCAAGACUCAUGUCUAUUGUGCCAGAGCAAGAAGAUGACAGUUUGGUAAGUAAGCUCUACGUUGAUUCCUCCGAGAAAUGCUAAUUUCAGUUCAACCUGCUUUCCCCAUCUCUGUUCUCCCUCCAUGACGAAGGCGAAGGAGUUGAAAAGCUCACAUCUCUGCCUCAUCUCUUGAAAAAACUGGAUAGCAACGGGCAGAACGCUUGGAUGGACUUCAUCGUCGAGGCCGCAGGUACGUCAAGUUUUUUCUGCCAAUUCCUCAUGUUAUCUCAAUUAUCCAGGAGUCAGUGAUCAUGUUAAGAGAACUGAGAAACAGUUCAGGGAAAAGAAAGAGAAAGAGCUUCGAGGAAUUGAUGGAGUUCCACUUUAUUUCACAAAAGAGAACGCCACAAAGAUUAUCGGAAACGAAGAAAAGUCCAAAAUUGAAGUGUUCGAGUAUCUUGAUCAAUCCUACAGUGAUACCCAAAAAGCUCGUCUUAACAGUGACGGUUAUGCGUUCCUUACCAAAUCUCAGAUGGUGAAGCUUUACGGAGAGGGAAGUCCAUACAACAGCACUAAGACGCUCAAGAAGUUCAAAAGACUCAGAGACGACCCGGAGAAGUACAUUGAGACAGAGUAAGUUACUUGAGCAGAAAAACAACAACAUCAGGAACUAAUGCAAUUUUUACAGCAUCCGCGCUCUGGCCGAAGCAGAAAAGUUCCGUGUGGCCCGUCGUGCUGACAUUGUCGGAUCUCCAUUCAUUCUUACUCCACUCACCUUCGCUUCCGUUCCUCUUUCAAACACCUUUAUCGUCCUUUCCCCACUUGUCCUAUCCCCAAUUACUCUUUCUCCAGCAGUGCUCGGACCCAUUAUCCUGUCUCCUUGGGUGUUCGUCCCUCUGAUCCUCUCUCCUCGUGUCUUGUCUCCACUUAUUCUGAAUCCUCUCGUCUUCUCUCCAAUCAUCCUCUCUCCUCUUGUGCUUCAUCCUCUCAUCCUUGUACCAGGAGUUUUCAAUCCUAUCAUUUUGUCUCCGUUGGUUCUCUCUCCACUCAUCCUGUCCCCACAAGUGUUCACCCCACUCAUCCUCUCUCCGUUCGCCCUCAAUCCCCUCAUUCUCACACCAAUGGUAGGAUCUCCUCUCAUUCUUUCUCCAUUCGUGCUUUCUCCAAUCAUUCUUUCUCCUCAAGCUCUGUUCGCUGUUGUUUUGUCGCCAUAUGCCCUUUCCCCAUUGGUAGAAUCGAAGCUGAUUGCCGCUGAAGUUGUUCUCUCUCCAUCAUGGCUCUCCUAG